CAGAUCGCAAUUUCAAUGCGGGCUGUGGUCCGUGUGCGCAUGCGCGUUCUUCUGUUUGUUUGUGGAAGAGUGGACAAUCACGUGGUUAUUAUUGGAAAUUACCGAUAUGUUUAAUAACUGCCUACAUCUUGCCAUAGUUGAAUUCGCUCUUUAUGAAAUCUAAAAUGUUUUUACUCUAAUUCUAAAUCAGACGGAUGUUCAAAACGUGGGCUAGAUUAGGGUAUUAUUGAUAUUUAGAAUCUUCAUCAGUUAUCAAUCAUGUGGGGCACAUUUAAUUAGGAUUGUACUGCUCGACUCCUGUCAUGUGUAUGUUGGACGACCAGCUGCUGUUCUGCACCAGAGUGUAGCCGCUGAUGCCAACACUGCCAGCACUCCAGCAUGGGGUAGCUACAAUGUUACCAACAGCAAUGGAUCCAUCUGUCUGAUGGCCGUCAUGGGCCUGCAGCUCAACGUCUCCUACCACUCGGCCUCCGAUAAUAAGACUGUGGCAUCAGUGAUCAACCUUCAGCCCAACGCGACCUCCGCGUCCGGCGACUGUGAAACGGAGACCACCACCCUGAUUCUUUCCAGUGAUUGGGCCGACGGGCAGAAGACGAACUUGACUUUCGUCUUCUCCUUGAACACUACUUCAAAGAAAUACCACUUGAGUGGUGUGAAUUUGUCGGCUGUGUUGCUCGACAUGAAGGAUCCUCCCUUGUUGGUCGGUAACCCCACCCUGAACUACCUGCCAGGGACCCUGGACCACUCGUACAUGUGUCGCGACCAGCAGACGCUGACCGUGACCCAAGGCUUCUCCAUCCACACUUACCAGCUGCAUGUGCAGCCCUUUGGCUACAACGGAGAGUUCGGACCAGCUGAGCAGUGUCAGCUGGACAUGGAUGACAUGCUGAUCCCCAUCAUAGUGGGAGCUGCCUUGGCCGGCCUGGUCCUCAUCGUCCUUGUGGCCUACCUGAUCGGCAGGAAGAGGAGCCACGCUGGUUACCAGACCAUCUAAGACAGCCGGCUCUAUCGCUUUCCUCAACUUGACCACUAUUUUACCCAUAUUCAUGCCCCGUUCGCAUGCACAUGCAGACCACACAAGUGUUCGUUUUUACACACACACACACACAACACAACACAACACACACACACACACACACCAACACAACACACACACACGCGCGCAACACACACACGCAACACACACACACACACACACACACACACACACACACACACACACACACACACGCAACACAGUAGAACCCGCUACUUUAAAUACCUCUUAUUGUUCUACCUGGCACUCUACUUUCUGGACGUGAGUUAUUUUUUCCAACCCAGUUUUUGGCUACUUUUCUUUUGGUACUUUUUACAUUUGCAAAUGUCAUGAGGUAAUUUUGGGUUUUAUUAAGGUUGUGCUUUCUUAACUGAAGUGCUCUUAUGCGUCAGUUAGGACUUUGAGAGAUCUUUGAGGAAGGGAGAAUAGGAAUCUUCCCUGCAUAGAGACAUAGUUCGGUGUCACAAAUAUGACAGUUGGUUGGGUCCACUUAAUUUAAAGCGUUAAAUCUUCCACAGCGUUCUCUUGCCUUCCAAUGCAGCGUUUAGGUUUUCGAAUCGUGUAAUAUUUAUUGAUUCUUGGAAAAAACGGAUUCUGAGGGGAAUGCUUUGGGAGCUGUUGUAGUUUCAAUGUAAAGGGAAUGUAAUGGAUUGGCAGCUUAACUCAACCCUCUUUUUAAAAGAAAGGUGUCCAGUUUUACUCUGGACAACCCGUACGCAUGUUUAGCUUUACUUUCCCGCAGAAACUCCUUGAUGGAGCUGCUGGAGAAGAAAAAUGCCCCCCCCCCCCCAUAAAGAACACCAUGAUGAUGUGACUUAAGUUGGUUUUUGUUGCUGUGCCAUGCUCUGGCCUGAGCCUCAGCCAUACCCCAUUAUCUACUGUGUGUGGAUUCUAUAACUACAUUAUUAGUGAUUCGGUUGGAGUCUUCCAUGUUGAAAGGUCAAAUGGCAAUUAGGUGAAUUAUGCACAUAACAUCGGAUGUCAUUGUGGCGUCCCUCAAUGACAUGCACGUGGUACUGUCGUCGUGGAAGUUGACCGAUUUUGUGAUGGCGGAAUUGGAUGGAAUCUCAGGAUUGCUUGGUAACGUAGUGACUGUUACCAAGAGGUUCUGAUGUGUUAUAUGGAGGAUGUUUCUCUCGGUCGGAGCCCGGAUGUUCGGUACCAGGGAAGACCUACAUAGUUUGUCCAUGUUGCAUAUGGCAAAGGGAAAUGCACCAAGGACAUCCAGUGGUGAACUUGUCUUUAAAAAAAGAAAAUUAUAAUAAUUUCAGUUUUUAUUCAGUGCCUUCCCGCCCAUGACAUGAGUAGGAUAUAUAACUAGUGGUUAAUGCCAAUUCACAAGGUACUCACCCAACUGGAAGCAGUGCUCGCUGCCAUUUGAGACAUUUCCUUUGUUGUCUUAAUCAUAAAGUGGCCAAACUGUACUUUCAUUAUUCUCCUCAAUGAUGCAUGGUUUGACGUGAAAGGGGAAAGUACAAAAAGUAAUAUUUCUUCAUCUAGAAGUGUAUCCAUGUAGCGAUUUAAUAUGGUUUUAAAUUUGGAAUGUUUUGAUUUUUUUUCUUUUUUUGAAGAGCGUAAUUAAAGAGACAAAACAAGGAAA